AAAUUUUCUCCAAACCAGAGAAAGAAGAGAAAAGAGAAGAAGGGGAUUAUUUUUUUGAGAGGAUAAAAAAGACGGCUUCAGACACAGAGCCUUGAGGCCAUGGCAGAUUCAAGUGAUUCUUCAGUUUCUGUUGAUAUCGAGACUAUUAUAUCUCUUGGUGGAAAGGAACAUAUUGUACAUACUGGCCAUGGUUCUGUGUCUGUUGUCGUAUUUGGAGACCCAGACAAACCAGCGCUUAUUACUUAUCCCGAUUUAGCUUUAGAUCAUAUGUCAUGUUUCCAAGGAUUAUUCUUUUGUCCUGAAGCAGAUUCGUUGUUGCUACACAAUUUUUGCAUCUAUCACAUCAGUCCUCCUGGGCAUGAGUUAGGAGCUGCUAAGAUUUCGCCUGAUUCCCCAGUGCCCACUAUUGAUGAUUUGGCGGAUCAAGUUGCCGAUGUCCUUGAUUAUUUUGGGCUCGGUGCAGUUAUGUGUUUGGGGGUUACAGCGGGUGCAUACAUCCUAACCUUAUUUGCAAUGAAGUAUAGAGAGCGUGUUCUUGGGUUGAUACUUGUUUCUCCUCUUUGCCAAGGCACCUCUUGGAAAGAGUGGUUGUAUAACAAGUUUAUGUUGAAUUUGCUGUACUUCUAUGGUAUGUGUGGUAUUAUGAAGGAGUGCUUGCUUCAGAGGUAUUUCAGCAAGGAAGUCCGUGGUGGUCCACAAGUUCCAGAGUCGGAUAUUGUACAAGCAUGCAGAAGUUUGUUAGAUGAGAGAAAGAGUGGCAAUGUCUCCAGAUUCCUUCAAGCGAUUAAUGAUCGGUAUGACCUUACCGGGGGAUUGAAGAAAUUGCGUUGUCGAACACUCAUAUUUGUUGGUGAUGAAUCUCCUUACCACUCUGAGGCUCUCCACAUGGCAGUGAAUUUAGACAGAAGAUACAGUGCGUUAGUCGAGGUUCAGGCAUGUGGGUCAAUGGUGACAGAGGAACAGCCCCAUGCAAUGCUUAUACCAUUAGAAUAUUUCUUCAUGGGGUAUGGUCUGUACAGACCUGUUCAGUUGAGUGGCAGUCCAAGAAGUCCAUUGAGUCCGUCGUGCAUCUCUCCAGAGCUUCUAUCACCUGAAAGCAUGGGCUUAAAGCUAAAACCGAUAAAAACUCGGCUUUCUAUGAAGGUAUGACGAAGGUGUUAUUUGUGAUCUGGUUUUCAAUGUAGGGAAUGUAAUUCUUGUAAAUCUAUUGUAUCGUUUUUUUGGGGUCUAUAUAACUUUUGAAGAAUGUAAAUAGAAAUACAGAGGAAAUAUUUAUAGGAGUAAAGAAGGGUGGGAAACGAGUUUUGAAUUCAUUCGUUUGUAGAGAGUGACUCAAUAAGGAGGUGAUGAUGACGAAAUCCAGAGCUGAGAAUGUCUGUAAAUUAUGAUGAAAUAUCAAUAAUAAUAACAUGAUAUUUAAAAUUA